AUGGUAAAAGACACCAACUGCGCAUGUCCAGCUGCUUCCCAGCUGGUGCAUGCACAGAAGGCCUGUGGCCCACCUGGACCUGGAAUUUCCGACCUCCAAGGGCUGGAGAGAUGGUAUUUGCCAGCUCAAGUGGUAGAAGCAGGACCUCAGAUCAUGCUGUUCGUAUUGGUCACAAAGAUACCAGCAGAUGGCCUGCCUCAUGACCUGGACAGUGUGGAGCUCCUGGAUCUCCUGUUUGACCAACAGGAUGGGAUUCUUCGCCAUGAGGGCUUCCACGCAGAUGACAGGGGGAGUGUAGAGAGCUGGGGGAUUGCACAGCCGAGUAUCCACAAUGGUAACAGCAAUGAGGAGUUUCUGUCUUCGAUCCUAGGUGAAACUGUCCCUGCCUCCCCACUCUGGUCCUCGGCUGGCAGUGACAGUGGGAUAUCUGAAGACCACCUCUCUGACCAGCUGGACAGUCCCCAGCACUGUGUGCCAUCGAACAGCCCCCGGAACAUCGAAGCGGUACACAUUGAGCCGACCUUUCACCCUGGGCCAGAGUCCAGCUGCUGGGCCACUGGUCUGAGAGCUCCAGAGAUGGAUAUCCCAGAUGCGCAGAUCUCCAUCGGUUUUGAUGACUGGAACUCUGAACUUCUUGAGGAAGGGGGACAGAACAUUCCAGCACUAUCUACUCCUAAUAAUUUCCUCACACUCACUGUUAAGGACUUACUGCUUUCGAACACAAGUGAAAUGCACAAGCCGCAGCCACAGCUGCACCAGGUCCGGGAGCUGGUGCUCAACGAAGAUGAGAAGAAGUUGUUGGUGAAAGAAGGGGUCACGCUUCCUUCGCAGCUGCCUCUGACUAAACAAGAAGAGCGGAUUUUAAAGAAGAUCAGGAGAAAGAUACGGAAUAAACAGUCUGCACAAGAGAGCCGCAAGAAGAAAAAGGAGUAUAUUGAUGGCCUGGAAAACAGGAUGGCAGCCUGCACGGCCCAGAACUAUGAACUGCAGAGAAAAGUCAUCCGUCUGGAGAAGCAGAAUACGACAUUACUGCAGCAAUUGAGAAAACUUCAAACGCUGGUCAUGCAUUCAACAGGCAAGAAUGCCCAGGCUGGCACCUGUAUCAUGGUGCUGAUGUUGUCGUUUGCCCUGAUUAUUUUCCCUAGCUUCAGUUCGUUCAGUGCUAGUAAGGGUGCAAAGGAAGAUGACUUCACUCCUGUAAGAGUAUUUUCCAGGUCUCUGCAUGAUAUGCAAUCAUCCCGGGUACUUCACAUGUUGGCCAGCCCUCACAGCCAUGCCCCAGGAGAGAAGAAUUCAGAAUGGAGUGACCAGCUUACUUUGGAGAGCAGUGGUACAGUUAACAAAGAAGACCAAACAGUGAAUGGCAAAGAACUCACUGGGGAUAUUGAGAGCCUCUCGCCCAACAGGUCCAACUCUUCACUGAGGAAUGAUGCCAUUGCCAAAGAUGUCACGGUCCUUGAAGACCUCAAUCCUGAAGACCAUACUGCAGAGCAUAGACUAGGACAUUCACCAUGGACUGAACUGACCCCUGACCAUGGAGAUGAAAUGUAG